AUGACCACCGCCUCGACCUCAACUAUAUCGCCCACCACGGCCUUAAUAACCUUCUACGAUAUCGCUCUCGCACCCCCUGUCACAAAAAGCGCCUGCUCACCAAACCCUUGGAAAACUCGCUACGCCCUAAACUUCAAAGGUACUCCCUAUAAAACAACAUGGGUGCCCCUACCAGACGUCAGCUCCGUCCGCAGCGCUUUCAAUAUCCCCGCCUCCCGUAAAUUCGCCGACGGAUCUCCUUAUCACACCCUCCCCAUUAUCUCAGACCCAGCCACCGGGCGCAUAGUGGGCGACUCCUUUGAAAUCGCGACAUAUCUCCAGGAACAAUACCCAUCCUCGGGAUCGGGCGACUUGUUCCCGGCACAGGAGCUGGAGUUCAUCUUCGGGCGGGAUUUGGGGCUUUAUGCGCCGAUUGCGGAGGCAAAGUUUAAUACCAAUGUCGAUGCUGUGUUUAGUGCGCAUGCGCGCUUGACGGUGCAAGGGUUCCCUUUUGAUCCUGCUACUGCGGAGGAGUGCAAGGCAACGUUCUCGCGGAGGAUGGGAGUGCCGUGGGAGACUUUAGCGAUUAGUGGGGAGGAGAGGGAGGAUUUGUUGAGGUUGUUUGAGGAGACCCUAGGUGGACUUGCGAGGUUGUAUAUGAGUGAUGCGAGUGGGCCGUUCCUGAUGGGGAGUCGGCCAAGUUAUGCGGAUUUCAUUGUUGGGGGUUGGUUGCGCAUGAGUCGGGGCAUGUUGCCGAGGGAGGAGUGGGAAGCGUUGAAGGGGUGGCAUAGUGGUGUAUUUGGAAGGUUACAUGAGGCAUUAGAGGUGUUUGCACAGAUGGACUAG